AUGUGCAAGUAUAAAGUAUAAUAGUAAUACAUAAAGUAUAAUAGUAAUACAAACUGUAUAAAAACUGUGUUACAUGUGCAAGUAUAAAGUAUAAUAGUAAUACAAACUGUAUAAAAAAUGGUUUGUUGCAUGUGCAAGCAAAGUAUAAAGUACAAUAAUAGUAAUGCAAACAGUAUUAAAAAACUGUUACCAGACUGUAAUUUAUGUUAUAAAGAUGAAUGCUGGUCAGCGGGUUGAACUUCUUGUAUACAACUACGUCGCCUUGAGCAGUCUCGAUCUGCUGCCAAGUUAAACCAGCGGAUAGCAUGUUUACAUAUGUCGUGGUCAGUGGAACUGCGGGAGAUGGGAUUUUUUUCUCAUAGAAUCUGCAAUCACAAAAGCAGAUUUAAAUUUUAAUCAUCAUCCAUCACCACAAUUUACUAUUGUAACAGGACACAAUCUCCACUAAUAUCUUUCUGUAAGCAGAAAAUAAUUUGUCAACUAAAGCUCUGAAUAAUAUUUCUUCUUUUAUUAGACCAGCUUAAGAAGUAGCUCUACAAGUUUAUAUUGACGCUGUGUAGCGUUUAUAAAAAGUGAAACGCUGGAAACAAUACCUCAGUGUGUGAAUAGCAAAGGUAUGAACUGGCUGGUGGCAAGAGCUGUCGUAGUGGAGCACAUAUUGUUGACCCAGAAAAAUGUGUGAACAUUUUAAAAUGGGUACUUACGCAGGAGCAGUGUUUUUGAUGACAUCUGGUUGAAAGACUUCUUCCCAUUGACACCUUUCUGAAGCAGAGGCUGCUCACUUUAUUUUAUCUGGAAGUGACAAGCCUUGUUUAAAGGCCCAAUGGAUCAAUGACUAUAAAGGUAUGUUAUAUGUUGUUCCUUAUGGCUGCUGCAUGAAUAUUACCGGAGCUGCAACUAAUGUUUAUUAUAAUAUUUAGUAAUAUAUAACAAUUGUUUCAGUUUCCCUGAGGGAACCUCCCAAAUUGAUCAAUAAAGUUAUCUAUCUAGAUUAAAACUGUUUUACAUUUCCAUGUAUUUGAAAUUUAUUGCAAAAUAUUUUAAUUUUUUUUAUUAUUGGUAUUUAUUUAUUGUUUCAACUCAUUUGUUGCAUCCAUGAACGUAAGCAUCUAGAAAAUCCCCUCACAAUUAAAACAUUUUAUGAUUGUUUGUUCUGCAUGUUUUGUCAGUUGCUGAUCAGCUGCAGUAAACCUGAUUUGGAUUGUAUUACUUAACACUACUUAUUGAACAUCUUGUAUUAGGACAUGGUGUAUUUGCCUCUGAACCAAUUGAAAAGGGAUCCUUUGUAGUCGAGUACCGUGGGGAGCUUAUCUCAGAACAUGAACGGGACAAGCGGCAGAAAAAGUACACAGAAAAGCAAACUGCUUUCCUAUUUGAUUUUAGAUGGAAAAAUAACACAUGGUGGUAAGUAAAGGCAUAUACAAUAUCAGUUGUUCUUCACAACAUUAUGUUUUUAGUGAACAAAUCAUAUGUUCUUUUCUUCACUUUUAGCAUUGAUGCCUCCCGUGAAGACGACUCACUUGGCCGGCUGGUUAAUGAUGACCACAAGUACCCAAACUGCAAGAUGAAACAGCUGGCAGUCCAGGAUAAACCUCAUCUCUGCUUGUUUGCUAUUGACAAUAUCCAAGCAGAGAGUGAAAUCACCUAUGACUAUGGAGAAUCUAUGUGGCCAUGGCGAGCUCUGACGCCAAGUGUUGAGACCAUGUCCCAACCUCCUACAGACCAAGAAACACCAAGUGUUGAGACCAUGUCCCAAACUCCUACAGACCAAGAAGUGAGUGAAAAAUCGGAAGAAAAGUUAUGAGCCACCAAAGCUGUUUUUGGAAACCGGCCUUCAAGUGACACCACGCCUGGUGAC